ACUGUGAGGGCACUUGCCCUUGCUCUUCAGACUUCUGCAAAGUGCAAACCCUCACCUUCCAAAUUUCCCCAAACUCCUAAUCUUAUUAUCUCCUCCUCAAAUAUUCCAAAACCCAUUUAAGAAAUCUUAUAUAUAGUGACAUUUCAACACCACUUUUAUUUAUUAGACAUAUCAUAUCAAAUUAAAGCCUCAUCACACCAACAAAUCAAAACCCAUCUCAUCCAAACACACCCUUUACCAAAUUCUCUUCAAAUUUUGCAACACAAAGCACAAACAUCCAUCUUAGGAGGAAAGGAAAAGAUGUCUGCUUGUGGGGUUCUCUUCUCUCUCUUCCUUCUCCUCUUCUUCAGUCCAAAUGAAGUAAGACUUACCCAUGCAAAUGGGUUUGCGGCGGGGAAUGGCACGGUGGCGGCAGAGGCGGAGAUGGUGCCGUUGAUGGAGGAUGGGCGGGCGGAGAUGGUGGUGGAGCUGAAUGAGACCAGGAGGCGGCUGGGGAGCUUCCAGGUUUGUGCAUUGUGCACUUGCUGUGGUGGGGCCAGAGGAUACUGUUUGCCUUCUCCUUGUUGCUACGCCAUCAACUGCAACAUACCCAACAGGCCUUUUGGCUUCUGUUCUUUCACUCCGAAGACCUGUAACUGCUUUGGAUGCCAUAUCUAAAUCCAAGUCUCCCUCUCCCCAUUCUCUCUCUUCUUUCUCUCUCUACAGUUUAUUUAUUUUUGUUUAAUUUGGGGGGUUUUGAUUCUGUUUUGGGAGUGUGAAUGGGAAGAAUAUCUGUUCUUGUUUUAAUUGUUUAUAAUUAUUUGGGAACAGCUAUUUCCAGGUAAGUUCUUGCUACUUCUGAUGGAUCUCUAUCUAUAAUCAAUACUAUCUCUGUGGGAGGCAACUAGGAAGUGAUGGUUUUAGUUUUUCUGGAAGUAGCAAUAACUUGCCUUGGAAAAAGCAUUACUAGUUUUGGUCAACAACAGUGUGAGAGAGGAAAUUUUGUUUCUCUUUAGGGAAAUUACUAGAGGGUCCUUUCGUCUAAUCAAAACCCACAUUAAAUUUUCUUUGUAAUAUGUAAUAUUUUAUUAAAUUUUUAUGGGUCUACUUUUCUUAGUUGAAUAA